AUGCCUAGUGCGAUCAACCCGUUGAGCUCGAUUGGCUCCGAUCCUCUCUACGACGCUCCACCAGCAACGCCGGUCUACCACGCUGACGACGAGGCCGCUCCCCUCUCCCACGUGAGCGCUAACCACGGCGGCAUGAACUCGCCGACGAACGUCUCCUUCGACAGCGGCGCCAGCUCGCCCAACAGCCGCGCUUCUUCGGAGCACCGCGACUCGAUCUGCAAAAUCUCCUCCGAAGACCUUUUGAACUUCCAGGCUUCGGCCGAGGCGCAGGCCUUGAUGCUCCAGUCGCUCAACAGCCUCCAGCCCCAGGACAUCCAGGAGCGCAUCCAAGCAAUGGGCUCCCUCUUCGGCCUCGACUCCGACCCAUUCGCCAUCAAUUUGAAGCACAUCUCGUCGCUUAGCGGACUCGGCUCCGGCUCCCCCGUCUCUUGCUGA